ACUUGACUUCAAGUGAGUGGAGAGAAUCCACCUUUAACCGACUGAAAAAAAUGGAGAGGAAUACACAAAAAAUGAGGAGUGGUGCCUCUAAUCCAUGCCAGAGGAUAACCCAUGAAGAUCUUUGCAAUUUGCUGAAGAGACUUCAGAAACUGAUGAAUAGACUUGGAUAUGGAUCAUCUAGAAAGAGACCCAGAGAACAGCCUGCUAUUGCCUCUCUGUCUUUUCAAAGAGGAAUGUUCAAUGUACAAACAAAUUAUGAACAAAACACAGUUCCUGUUUUUAAUACCUAUGAAGAAUACCAUAAGAUGGUUCUUCAGUCAUUUGAAAAUAUUUCAAUUGUACUGAACAUAGAAGGAAAAGUUGUUUUUGUAUCCCAGAAUGUGACACCUCUUCUUGGCUAUCUUCCAGAAGAUAUAAUUGGGACGAGCCUAUUAAAUCUUGUUCAUGAUGAACAAAAGGAUGACAUAUCUGAGAAGAUCAUUCUAAAUCUUCCAUUGGCAAAUAUAGUGGGAAGCCUAAUCGAAUUUUGCUGUUAUAUAAGAAAAGGAAAUGUAGGUCAGAGUGGCCAGGACACAUAUUGUUACAGGACCAUGUACCAAGGGAGAUAUAUAUAUGAGUACGUGAAAUUCAUCUUGUACCUACAGGAUUCUUAUGAUGAGUCAUUUGUAUUUUUUGGAAACUUCGGUCCUAAUAGCAGAAAGAUUUGGUCUUCUGCUCCAAGGCUGUUAUGGGAGGAAAAGUACUAUGUUGUGGGAAACAUUUCUGUUCUACGUACGCCGGAUGAGACAGCACAACCAGUUAACAUUCAAACAAAUGCUGUAGAUGAUGAUUCUGAUGAUGACAGUACUUUACAACACCAUAGGCUUGGAAAACGCCACCGUAGGAACAAAAUGCAAACAGAUGCUCAGGCUGAAGCUGUGAAUGUGGAGGAGUGUCCUGAAGCAGGCACAGAAGCUGAGAUUGUAGAAGUUCAAGCAGCCACUCAGCGAAUGCCAUUUGACUUAAUUCAGGUCCGGACACCCUCUCACUCAAGCAUAACCCCAGAAUUAAGUGCAGCCACAAGCAUAAGCGCUGGCAUGAGGACAAGCACAAGUUCUUCAUCUACAGAUAUUUCAUCAACAACACCAGUAUCACCCCCUACAUCUAGACAGGGGUAUGAGAUAGAUCCAAAAUAUAUGCUAGAGCCCCAAGACAGAGAAUUUGAAGUAGGUCCAGAGUUCCUCCUAAAUGACAGCCAAGACACAGAGGCCACUCCAGAACAAGGAGAAUGCACUGAAGAGGAUGUGAAGAAACCCUUGGUAGAGGCAAAGCUAUCCAAUCCUAAGCCAAAGAGAACAUAUCAAUACCAUCAUCCACUUUUUGGGGAAAAGUUUGCCCAACUAUGUGGCCCACAAGUGAAGAUGACAGAGGUCUAUGAUUUGAAUAUAAGUAGAUCCUUCUAUGGUGAACAACCUUCUUACCCAGAUAUUGAAGAGGAGCAUAGGGAACAAGAACAAUGUGAAUAUGAAUUCUCCCAGUGUACUGGAAUGCUUCGAAACUUAAAAUAUGAACGGCCUCGGCAGCAACAUACUGGGCAAGGACAGGGACCUCGUGUAUAUCAUCCAGGAGAACAGGUGGUGACUGUUAUAGAUGACGUGGGGUCACCCACCAUGGAAUUUUUUGGAAAUGACAAUUCUCAGCAUUCACGAAAUGAGACACAUAGAUGUUGGGAGGAUCCUAUUGAUUGUGCCCCUCCACCUCUGCAUCAUUCAUCAAGAUCAUUCCAAGAAAUGACUGGAUCACAUCAAACAUUGGCAGCCUCAUUUCAAGCAUCAUUACUGUCAAGCAUGUUUCUUUUGACCACCGAAGAGAGAAAAUUCCACGCUUUCUGCCCCCUGGACAAGAUCACUCUGGUUCCAUUCAGGCUGAAUAGGACACUAAUCCUCACCCAUGAGCAGAAGAUGAGGCUGAAGACAGACUUCCACUGUCUGCAUGGCAACGGGCCAUACAAAAUGGGAGAGUCCCUUGAUGGGAGAGGGUGGGUGGGUCAUACUGCUUUACUUGCAAAUUAAGUUUGUAGUUAUUCUUAAGCAUAGUCAGUUUAUUGUAAAUAUUGCUGCAGAAGUUGACUGUUACAUCCUACUUGGUGGGUGAUAACAGGUGAUCCCUGGCCCCUGCUUUUUUAACAGCACUUUGUGUAUAUUUAUAUCCAGAUGUGCUUUUGUUGUGGCAUGAGCAGUGUGUCAGGGUCCUACAUAUUUUUCUUGAUGAAAUUUAAAAUACCAUAGAAUAGCAAGACAGGGGGGAAACCUGUUCUAUCAUGUAGUUUUCCCAAGUUCUGAGGCCUUGUUUAUUUAUUUUUUUUUUUAUUUCUAUCUCUUUUCUGUAGCCCGGUGCUAUUUGAUAUCCUAUGUUAAAUGGUUACCCAAUUGUGAGCAAGUAAUAUCUGUUCAAAAUAGUAUACAUAUUUACUUAAUAAACGCUAUGCUCGACUAC